AAAUUUUAUGACAUCUGAAUUAACUCAUAGUUGCACCACAAUAUUGAAAUAAACUUAACAAAAUAAUCCAAAUGUGAUGAAAUAAUAUUAGCAAACGAAAAUAGUCAUGUUGUAUUUAAUUUGAAGAAAUCAUUUAUAUUUAUCCACUUAUCUAUCAAAGUCCAUCUUUAAAUAGUUAUAAAUAAACAAGUUAAAAGAAUAUUUUAUAAUAUAUAAUAUUUUAUAUCUUUAUCGAUAAGAAUUUUUCUCAAUUGUUAUGGAUAACUUAAUAAUGGAAGAACUUGAAGUAUUGCAGGCAAUAUUUCAAGAUGACAUUGCCUUUGAUCCUGAACUUCUAUGGUUGACUUAUUUUAUAAAUAAAACUCUUGCUUUAGAGAUAUUUCUUGAUGAAAAUUAUCCAAUUGUUAUGCCUCAGUUUAAAGUUCAUUUUGGAGAGGAAAAGUUUACAGAAGAAAAAAUAAUAGCAUUUGCAAAUGAACAUGUUGGAUCUCAAAUGCUUUAUGAUCUCAUUGUGUAUUUUAAAGAGAUUGUUGAAGAAGAAAUCAAGAAGACACCAGUAAUAUCAAAUAAAGCUAAUGUAUUAUGUAGUUUUUUUUUAAAGGGUAGUUGUAAAUUUGCAAAUAAAUGUCAUAAUUUGCAUACUGAAAAUAAAAAAGAAAUAACUGAAAAUAAAAAAGAAACAAUUGAAAAUAAAAAAGAACCAACUGAAAAAUUAACAUUCAAAAAAUUUACUGAUACAGAAUCAGAAAAAGAGAAAAAAAAACCAAUGAAAACAGCUAUUAAUGUUAUCAAUAGAAUACUCUGGGAUGAAUCUCUUCCAGCUGAAAAUUUUAUAGUUGGAUACAUAGAUCGCUUUACUGGUAUUAAAGAAAAAAAAUUCACUGAUUUUUCAUGGGAAGAUAUUGCUUCUGUUGAUGAUUUUGUGUCUUUGGCUAUUCCUAAACAUCGAAUUCAGUACUUUAAAUAUCGCACAGCAAAAAUCUGGGAUAAAACUGUACGUUUAGACAAAAUAUUUAAUUCGACAGGUGAUAAAGAAGUUAUAUACGAUAUUGUUGCUGAGGAAGACGCUAAAGUAGGUACAAUAGAGAAAGUAGAAGAAGAAAUUGUAGAAAGUGUUGAUGAACAUUCAACUUUUGUCUCUAAAAACAAUAUUGGUAGACCUAAUGCAUUUAUGUGUGUUCCUGUUUCAGAUUCUCAUAUCAAAUCUAAAGUUGAACAGGUUCAGCAAUAUAUAAAAUCUUGCGAUGAGCAAUUGGAAGAAGCAUUCAUUAAUCUGGAAAAUCUUCAUAUAACUAUAUGUAUGUUUCUUCUACAAAAUGAAAAUGAUACAAUUAAAGCAAAUAAUGUUCUGCAGUCUAUUCAACCAAUACUUGUAUCAAUGCUACCGAUGUUUACAUUCCGAUUGAAUAUAAAAUGUGUUAAAGAUUUUAGGGGGUUGGUUGUUUACGCUGAAAUCGAGAAGAGUCCUUUGUUUAUUAAAUUUGCAGAAAUUUGCAAACUAAAACUCUCAGAUGCUGGAAUCAAUUUAGCAGGAAAUCAUGAACCUUAUAAUCCUCAUUUAACUAUCCUUAAGCUAACUAGACCGAUUUGCAAUAAACUCAACAUCACCGGUAUCAAUGAUUUUUAUUACACUGGGUGUAAACAAGUUCACUUCGGUCAACAAACCAUUAAAGAGCUUCGCAUUUGCUUAACUGGUAAAGAAAGAGGUCCUGAUGGAUUUUAUGUAACAAAGUCAUUAAUAUAUAAUCAUUUGUGCAGCAUCUCACCAAUACUUCCGUCAUUAGCAGCGGAGCAUGUUAAAACUUUGCUGGAGGCAAGUUUGAUUCAGGAAGAUAAAGCGGAUUCGUUAUUAUCGCUUAUAUUUUCUGAAAAUUUCGACCACUUUGAACAAGCAAUAUGUGAAUUAGAAGCAAAUAUUUCUUUCAACAAAUUCCAUACAGAACUUAAGAAGCAUUUAAUAAUAAUCCGUGGUUUGCCAGGCAGCGGGAAAUCGUUUCUUUCUUCCCAAAUUGCAAGUUCAAAUAAGAACAUAUCAGUGUCUAUUUGUAGUGCAGAUUAUUACUUUGAGAGCCAGGAAUGUGCAUACCAAUUCACGGGUGAAAAAAUAGCAACGGCGCAUGCGUAUUGCCGGAACGAAAUGAUAAACUCCUUAAAUGAAAAGACAGAUUUGAUAAUAGUUGAAAACUCUCAUUCACAGAGAUGGGAAUAUCAGAUCUACGAACGAAUAGCAUUGUUUUGCGGAUAUAAUGUAACAAUACUAGAAAUACCUUGCAAAGAUGAAAGUACAAGAAUUAAAUUUUAUGAAAGAUGUAAACACUCAGUUGCAAAUCAUAUCCAUGCAGCUAUGUGGAAGCGUUGGGAGUCGGAUUUUAAAGCUCGUUACAUUGAUAAUAAAUCUUUAGAAUUCAGUUUAAGUAGCAUAAUAAACAAUAAACAGGUCGUUAGAGCAGAUAAUGUUCUAUAUGCUGCUCUUUAUUUGGAUGAUGAAUCACGGCAAUUGCUUUUAAAAGAGUUUCAUGUGGUUCAUGCAAAUGUACAUGCUGAUCAUAUGACACUCAUUUAUAAGCCAUCGUUAGAGGAUUUAAACUCAUUAGAAUUAGGAAGUCAUCAUCAAGUUAAGGUGGUGGGAUAUAUGUUAGAUUCUGAUGUUGAAGUGGCUGUUGUGGAAGCUUUAGAUUUAUGUAAGUUACCCCAACCACACAUUACUAUAUCAACUAGCAAGCAUGCUAGCCCAAAACAGUCUAUAGCGGCCCUCACACGUCACGGUGAAUGGGUUAAACCUAAAGAAGAAAUUAUUUUGCAAGGAGUUGUAGGUGUUCAAAUAGCUAUUAAUGAACAAGAAAGCCGAAAGUGUCUAAAAAAUUGUACGUUUGAAGGGUCAGCUAAAGGUAACUUAGUUAAUGUUGAAAAAUCCAAUGAAAACGAAAGAGAAGUAGUUUUACCUGUAACAGCUCAUAUAUAUAUUGGACCUUCGAUUAUACGAUCAUUGUACAUUUUUGAUUUUGAUGGAACUUUAUUUCACACACCUGGACCCGUUGAUGGUAGGAAUGCUUUUACAAAGUUGACAGGAACAAGAUGGCCUCACAAAGGAUGGCUAUCUAACGUUGAAUCUCUUCUUCAUCCUUUAUAUAUUUAUCCAGGACCAUCUCUACAAAACUAUUACGAACACAAGAACAAAUCAUGUUCUUUAUCAAUCCUGCUAACAGGAAGAUUGGAAAGAGUUCGAAAUGGUGUUUUAGCCGUCCUUAAUGAACACGAACUUACAUUUUCACGGGUCAUGUUGAAGCCAGAAGAUGGGGGCAAUGGAUAUAGAGAUACAAAAGUUAAUCUUUACAAACAAGAGUAUGUGGAAAGUUUAUUAAAAGAAUUACCAACGGUAAAAGAGUUGAAAUUUUGGGAUGAUAGAGAAGAUAAUGUCAAAAUGAUUAAGAGUCUCAGUAAGAAAUUUCCAAAUGUAAAUUUUUUCGUGUAUAAUGUUCAGGAAAAGCAGCCAUCUUUUUACGAGUUGACUCUUGAACAAUUGUUAAUUAGAAUGGGCAUUAGAAAAACCAUUCAAUAUGACGAAGCUGUUAAAUCUGGAAUAGAUUUUAUUAAAGAUGCUUGGAAGGCAGUUGUUGGAGAUGACUACGGCAAGUGUUGUAUACAUCCGUUUGGCUCUUAUUUACUUCAAAGAAGAGGAGAUGUAGACUUAUGCUUGUUUGCACCUAAAGAUAAGUCUGUAUCAAUUUGUUUAGAAAUGUUGAGCGAAAAACUUUUAUCGUUUGGUUUAAAGUAUGUCCAUUGUGCUGCAAAUAUACGGUGUCCGCGACUGAAAAUCAAAAUUGAGUAUUGUGAUGCAGCGGACGUAGAGUUUGAUAUUACUGUAGCAUGUGUACUAGAUAAUUCUCUAGACGAGUUUAACUAUAUAAAGUUAUUGGAAAAUUGCGAAGAUCAAAAAAGUAAGGUUGCCCUUAAAGGACUUUUGUUCUUUGACAAAAUUGUUAAACCGGCGUUAUUCGGUGUUUGUUUAAAAGAUUUUGGGCUGAUUGUUGACCUGGUGUGCAUACUUCUAAAGAAAAACAGAUUAAAAGGCAACGUUUUUCAUUGCAUACGAACUUUUCAUGUCGUUCAACUUGUGGCAGAAUAUAUUUGUGUCGCACACGACGUUGGCGAUUUAAAUGAACUUAAAAAUUGUGAAAAGUUUCUGAAAGAUUUUUUUGGUUAUUUAGUUAAAAAAGAAGAAGAAAAAUGGGUACGACUAUUUAAAAAAUUUGUACCAUUUAUAUAUAUAAGUUCCUUGGUGUCAUUUUUCAAACAUGCAGAAGCAUGUACUUUAGAAUAUUUGAUUUGUCACGGGCCACUAUUGGAUAAAAAAACCAACGUGAAAAUACAAAUUGAAUCAGGCGAUGAGGUGACUUUGUGGAAGGCUAAAAUAUUAUUAGAAGCAAGUUUAGGGACAUGUAUUAGAAAUCUUAUCGUAAACGGCUAUCAUAUUAAUCCCGGUAUGGCAAUAGGAGACUUAAUUACAUUUAAUGUAAGCCGCCUAAACGAGGCUAAAAGAACUAUAUUGAUGGCAAAAAAAGAAUUUGAAAAUCAACUAUCUAAUACAAGACUAACUGUUACCUUAGUUGAUUCUUAAGUUUUUUUUUAAUGCAAGACUUGCUAAUUUGUAGACGCAAGUAAAAACAAACAUUUAAGGAUUUCAUUGUUAAAUUUACGCAUUUUCUCAUA